AGCAAUUCGAUAUUUCUGAUGAUGUAACCUUUGUGCCUGGCAUGGCUGUCCGUACUGAAGAUGGCGGAGAGCCCUUGGCUAUCGCCGACGUCAAUGGUGCCAACGAUAAAGAGGUACGGGUUUCGAUUAGCGGUCAACAGACUAGCAUCAAGCAGAGAGUGAAAAGCACAGGAUGGAAGUUUUCUGACCUGUCAGGCGCCGCAUAUAAGUGGAUAGUUCAAAACAAGGAGACAGGCUGGCAGCUGCAUGACCGUCGAGGGAAUGCAGUUGCUGGUUUCGAUGGCAACCAGUUUUGGUACUGCGGCUACGCAAAUUUAACCAUAGACGAGAAUGUUAGCGAAGAGCUACGCCUGCUUGCACUGCUUUCCUGGGCUCUAAGUGCGAUAACUACCUUUGGCAGCAGGCCUGGUAAUGGCUCCAAGGCCAGGGCAUCUACCACACACCAAAAUGUUCUACCGGAUUUCUAUUAGGCUGGCCUGUGGAGUGAUUCUGAAUCGAGUGCAACGGAGAACAGGAUGCUUGAGUACUUAUUAGUCUGCUACAUACUUCAAUACCAUUCACAUUCAAAAACAAUGCACAGUCGGAAGGAUGGAACAGUGG